AUGGGAAGUUCGAACAAGGUAUAUAUACUGGAGCCCGGCACCGUCGUCCUUCCAACACUCCCGCAACUCACAACCUUGCCUUCACACCUCAAACUUCCCUAUGCAACUGCCACCGCCACAGUCAUCAGCACGCGCGACGUCCCUACGACCCUCAACUACUACGCCCCGAUCGGUACCGAGGAGCCGUACCAGUACGCGCUGGACCCGCCCGCAGGCAAGCUUCCGAACAACAUCGGCGCCGACACGCACCCGGUCACCGUCCGCGACGCCCGCGGACGCGAGGACGAGUUCGGACUCCUCGACAAGAGCGGCUUCCAGUUGGUCAAGUGGCCGAGCGUCGAGAGCGAGUUCGACGACGAGGAGCGCAUCAAGGCACAGUACUACCCCGAGGUCGAGGAGCUGCUCAAGAAGGUCACGGGCGCGAAGCGCGUCUUCCUCUUCAGGCCCAAGCCUGACGAGAACGCCAAGCCCGGCCCGCAGAACCGUGGCCCCGUCGAGCGCGUGCACAUCGACCAGACGCCCAACGCCAGCGUCGACCGUGUCAAGUACCACCUCCCCGAAGAGGCCGACCGCCUGCUCAAGUCGCGCGUCCGGAUCAUCAACGUCUGGCGGCUGAUCCACCACCCCGUCGCGCACAACCCGCUCGCGGUGUCCGACUGGCGCCACCUCGACGAGAGGGACCUCGUGAAGGCGAACUUCAUCUACCCGGACCGGAACGGGGAGACGUACAUGGUGUGGUACAGCGCGGGGCACCGGUGGUGCUACCUCGCGGACCAGACGCCCGAGGAGGUGACGCUGAUCAAGUGCUACGACUCGGAGGAGGACCGGGCGCGGCUCACGCCGCACUCGGCGUUCUCGGACGCGGGCGCACCGGAGAGCGCGCCGCACCGGGAGUCGAUCGAGGUGCGCGCGCUCGUCUUCGACUCGGAGUCAACGGACAGCGGAGGAGAAUCAGAGUAA